CAUGGCUAAGCUUUUGCGGUCACACCACUAGCAAAGCUCUCCGCAAAAAUUCGCAAUAAAAUUUCAAACAAAGAUGUCUUAGCCCUGCGGAGCAGCCCCAAAGCCACUUGAGUUGCAGCCAUCAGAGGAACCUCCGCUACCAAUUACUGAAAUAGAGACUCCAAGCCAGUGAAAUCAAGAACCAGUGACCCCAAGAUGGCCAUGUCCAAGGUGAUCCGAGUGCUGGAGAAAUCCAUAGCUCCCUCGCCGCACAGUGUGCUCCUGGAGCACCGGAACAAGAGCGACAGCAUCUUGUUCGAGUCGCACGCGGUGGCGCUGCUCACUCAGCAGGAGACGGACGUCAUUCGGAAGCAGUACACCAAGGUGUGCGACGCCUACGGCUGCCUGGGAGCUCUGCAGCUGAACGCCGGCGAGAGCACAGUGCUCUUCCUGGUCCUGGUUACCGGCUGCGUGUCCAUGGGCAAGAUCGGCGAGGUCGAGAUCUUCCGCAUCACCCAGACCACGUUCGUCUCACUGCAAAACGCCGCCCCGAACGAGGACAAAAUCAGCGAGGUGCGCAAGCUCCUGAACUCCGGGACGUUCUAUUUCGCCCACACCAACCCCAGUGCAUCGGGCGCGGCAUCCGGCGUUGCAAGCCCCCGGUUUGACAUAACGCUAUGUGCCCAGCGACGCCACCAGACAUCGGAGACGGACAAUCGCUUCUUCUGGAACCGAAUGAUGCACAUCCACUUGAUGCGUUUCGGGAUAGACUGCCAGUCCUGGCUGCUGCAGGCCAUGUGCGGCUCCGUGGAGGUGCGUACCGUCUACAUCGGCGCCAAACAGGCUCGGGCCGCCAUCAUUUCCCGGCUGAGCUGCGAACGGGCCGGCACGCGGUUCAAUGUGCGCGGUACCAACGACGAGGGCUAUGUGGCCAACUUCGUGGAGACGGAGCAGGUGAUUUAUGUGGACGGCGAAGUGACCAGCUAUGUGCAGACCCGCGGAUCAGUGCCGCUCUUUUGGGAACAGCCAGGCGUCCAGGUGGGCUCGCACAAGGUGAAGCUGUCGCGGGGAUUCGAGACCUCCGCCGCGGCUUUCGAUCGCCACAUGAGCAUGAUGAGACAGCGGUAUGGUUACCAGACGGUGGUGAACCUGCUGGGCAGCUCCCUGAUUGGAAGCAAGGAGGGCGAGGCCAUGCUGAGCAAUGAGUUCCAACGCCACCACGGCAUGUCGGCCCACAAGGACGUGCCGCAUGUGGUCUUCGACUACCACCAAGAGUGCCGGGGCGGCAACUUCUCGGCUCUGGCAAAGCUUAAGGAGCGUAUUGUGGCUUGCGGUGCCAACUACGGUGUCUUCCAUUCGGCAAACGGGCAGGUAUUGCGCGAGCAGUUUGGAGUGGUGCGCACCAACUGCCUCGACUGUCUGGACAGGACCAAUUGCGUCCAGACCUACCUCGGGCUGGACACUCUGGGCCUGCAGCUGGAGGCCAUGAAGAUGGGCGGCAAACAGCAGAACAUCUCGCGCUUCGAGGAGAUCUUCCGCCAGAUGUGGAUCAACAACGGCAACGAGGUGAGCAAGAUCUACGCCGGAACAGGAGCUAUUCAAGGCGGCUCAAAGCUGAUGGACGGAGCCAGAUCCGCAGCGAGAACCAUUCAAAAUAAUCUGCUGGACAACUCCAAGCAGGAAGCGAUUGACGUUCUGCUGGUGGGCUCCACACUCAGCUCCGAACUGGCCGACCGGGCACGCAUCCUGCUCCCCUCAAACAUGCUGCACGCGCCCACUACCGUCUUGCGAGAGCUGUGCCGACGCUACACGGAGUACGUGCGUCCCAGGAUGGCCCGGGUGGCCGUAGGUACUUAUAACGUGAACGGAGGCAAGCACUUCCGCAGCAUCGUGUUCAAGGACUCUCUGGCCGAUUGGCUCCUGGACUGCCAUGCCUUGGCCCGUUCCAAGGCCCUUGUAGAUGUCAACAAUCCGUCGGAGAACGCCGACCACCCCGUGGACAUCUAUGCGAUUGGCUUCGAGGAGAUAGUCGACCUGAAUGCCUCGAAUAUCAUGGCCGCAAGUACGGACAAUGCAAAGCAGUGGGCCGAGGAGCUGCAGAAGACGAUCUCGCGGGACAAUGACUAUGUCCUGCUCACCUACCAGCAGCUGGUGGGCGUCUGCCUCUACAUCUAUGUUCGUCCGGAGCAUGCCCCCCAUAUCCGGGACGUGGCCAUUGACUGUGUGAAGACUGGCCUCGGUGGCGCCACGGGAAACAAGGGUGCUUGUGCCAUACGGUUCGUCCUGCACGGAACUUCCAUGUGCUUCGUGUGCGCCCACUUCGCUGCCGGGCAGUCACAGGUGGCGGAGCGGAAUGCAGACUACGCUGAGAUAACCCGGAAGCUGGCGUUCCCGAUGGGUCGGACUUUGAAGUCCCACGACUGGGUCUUUUGGUGUGGAGACUUCAACUACCGGAUCGACAUGGACAAAGACGAGCUGAAGGAAUCCAUACGCGCGGGAGAUCUGACCACUGUUCUGGAGUCCGACCAGCUGCGCAAGGAACAGGAGGCGGGCAACGUCUUUGGCGAGUUCCUCGAGGGCGAGAUCGAAUUCGAUCCCACAUACAAGUACGAUCUGUUCAGCGACGACUAUGACACGUCGGAGAAGCAGCGUGCUCCGGCCUGGACGGACCGUGUGCUGUGGCGCCGGCGGAAGGCCCUGGCCGAGGGAGACUUUGCAGCCAGCGCAUGGAAUCCCGGGAAACUGAUUCACUACGGCCGAUCGGAGUUGAAGCAAAGCGAUCACAGGCCUGUCAUCGCAAUCAUCGAUGCGGAGAUCAUGGAGAUCGAUCAGCAACGGCGACGGGCAGUAUUUGAGCAGGUGAUCCGCGAUCUGGGACCACCGGACUCUACAAUUGUAGUCCACGUGAUGGAGUCAUCGGGCGGAGAAGAAGAUGGGCCCACGAUCUACGAUGAGAACGUCAUGUCGGCCCUCAUUGCCGAGCUGUCCAAGAUGGGUGAGGUCACCCUGGUGCGCUAUGUGGAGGACACCAUGUGGGUAACAUUCCGUGACGGAGAAUCAGCCCUCAACGCGGCGGCCAAGCGAAGCAUCCUGGUCUGCGGCUUGGAGCUGAUACUGGAGCUCAAGUCCAGCGACUGGCAGCAUCUGGUGGACAGUGAGAUCGAGCUCUGCACCACGAACACUAUUCCGCUGUGCGCCAAUCCCUCGGAGCAUGCUCAACUAUUGCAGGCCCUCACGCCGGAGGUGCCGCAGCGGCCCAAACAGCCCCCGACGCGUCCACCAGCUCGUCCCCCCAUGCCCAUGUCGCCAAAGAACUCGCCACGCCACUUGCCCCACGCCGGCGUCAUUAGUAUUGUGCCCAAGCCGGCGAAGCCACCGAUGCCGCCGCAGCCUCAAAUGCAGGCACCUCUCCAGCCCCAGCAAGCGGCACCGCCACGUCCGCCGGCAAUGGAAACUCCCGCACCCACGCCCACUCCCUCCUCAAAGUCGCAAUCUCCCACAGAGCCGGUGUCCGCCAGCUCGUCCGCCUCUUCUUCGGGCAAGGCUUCGCCCACUACUGCGGCUCCGCCAGGAGCUGUCCUAUCCGGGCCACCGACUCCUCCACGCCAACAGGCUACUCCUGUUUCGACGCCCACACGGCAGGUGGUGCCCCCGGCAGUCAAUGAUACCGCCUACGAGACGGCCAGCAACAUCUACGAGGAGAUCCAGGAGGACGUUCCUGCCCCCCGGCAUCCGCCUCCAGCUGGACCGCCGCCCGUGAUGGGGGGAGCGCCGCCCAUGGGUCCGCCGCCACCGCUACCAAACCGGCGAGGCCCGCCACCGAUACCAAAUAGAAGCGGCAAUGCUCCGCCGCUGCCAACGAGACCGGCCAACAACUGAGCACGCACAUGAGGCUCGCUAACUUGCACGCCGAUUGCAUUCCGAAUCGCUGUAUUUAAUGUUAAAUAUACUCGAAUAUAUUGGGCACUCGUGGAGGAAGGGUCCCUCCGCGGCAAUAUCUGCACUCUAGAUGGAAUCUAUGUUACUAUAGGGUAUUACCUGUUUCGUUUGUUUUGCGAGUUUAUAGUUGUAAUCAAAAUUGGAAAGUAAACUGAA